AGCGACGAGAUUGAGACGGUGUAACGAGCGAAUGUAGUUGGCGGAGCAGAUAGAAUGUUCGGCGUCGCACGAGUCGAGGUUCAGACGCCGUUCACAGCCAUGGUCCAAGAGCAAUGGCCGGUUCGUUUGCUUGUCUUCAAUGUAGAGCGUGGACAGGUGGUUAUCAAUGCGCCCGCGUCCACAUUUGUCGUCGGCUCAGCCCCCGUCGUGCUAAAACGAGACAGAACAGGACAAAGCAGGGGUCGUGGGUCGUGAUCGUGAUCGUGAUCGUUCGGGUUCGCGCAGUCGACGGCCCUCAAGCAAUGGGAAACAAGCAGGAACAAUUCGAAGACAAGAUGCUGCGCAGGACGAAAUCAGGAUCGAGGUCACAAAGGUCCGGGGAAAGAAAACGGAGGAGUCGAGACAUGGCAUGCGUGCCUCCAGUCAAUGGCCCAGCGAACGUGCCGCCGUCUUCUCCAUCCAUGUCCCCUGGGACUGGAAGGCACUGGUGGGGACUGCAGAGGCUUGGCUGCCCUGGGCUUCCAGUCAACGAACUGGCGGAAGGCUCCAGUCCAGUCCAUCCCUCCCCCACCUCGCAUUUCGCUGAUUGAUGAAUCUCAUUUCGCCUGGGCGAGGACAGAGUCGACAGACAGUCAGUCCAAAGGGCGCCAAGCAAUUAAUCACGUCCGUUUUUUUUUACUUUUUUUCGACUUUUUUUUUUUUUUUAAUUACCCUGACCUUCUUCCCAACGGCUGUGAGCUGCUAAUAACGCGCGACAAGUAAGGUAUAGUUCGUGCUCAAUGUACUGCUCCU